ACUAGAAGAAAAGAUGGAAAUAAAUAGCGAGGGAUAGAAAAUGAAGACGCUGGACAAAUCAAGAUAUUCAAACUAACCCUAAACAAGAAAAAAACAAAACAAGAAAAACAACAACAACAAAGGAGAGGAAGAAAACGGGAAAAAAUGUUGACAGACUUCUUAAAACUAGUGAUACGGGGAGGAGGAGGAGGAGGAGGAAGAGAAGAAGAAGAAGGAGGAGGAGGAGGAGAUGAGGGAAAACCAUCCACUACCACCACCACCACCACCACCUCUCCUCCACACCACCACCACCGCUUCCACCUCCCCCACGUCAAACUCCACCACCAGAAUUCACUCAAGAGCCGCGCUAAGAAACUGUACUCUUCCUCCUCUUCCUCCUCCUCCACCUCCUCUUCCUCCUCCUCCUCCUCCUCCCGCCGCCGCCUGGAUCUCUCGCGGUCCAGGAGCGGGAGGAAGAAGGGAGGAAAGGAGGAGGGAAGAGGGAGGAAUGGAGGAAAGGAAGAGAGGAGAAUGUGGAAUAGAUGUGGAGGAGUUUUGAUCGAAGAAACGGAGGACUCCCUGGGCGCCGCAUCCCAUCACUCCUCACGGGCAUCUCUCCUCGAAGGGCGUCACCAAGUUGUAGCCGAAAGGAAGAAACCGAUAAUAGUCUCCGUGAUGAAGAAGGAAGAGAAGAUGAAGGAGGAAGAGGAAGAAGAGGAGGAGGCGGCGAAACCUGAGAGGAAGAAGAAGACGAAGGGGAGACUGAAGGAAGAGGAAGAGGAAGAUGUCAAAAAGAAGAAGGAAGAGGAAAGAGAAAAGACAAAGGAGAGGAAAGAAAAGGGGAAUAAAGAGGAAAAGAAGAUAGGCAAGAAUAAAGAGGAGGAAGAGAAGAAGAAAGAAGAAGAUGAUGCAGGGAAGAGGAAGGGGAAGAGCAGGCUGCGGAGGAAGAGGGGAGACGCGGCGAGGCUCUCCUUCUUAAGCGACACCAUUAUCGUCGGACGUGAUCUUGACCUCAUUGAAGACGACGGCGAGGAUGGAUCAGAUCAUGAGCCGGUGGUGGGUGCUGUUCGGUUGAGUCACCAAGCUGCCCUGCACAAGAUCGCUGUCAGACCCAGGAGGACGCACGGCGCUCCCAGGGCACGGCGGGCUACGCAGAUCGGCAUCACCGGUCAAAUCAGCCUCCCCGAUGUGAUUGAGGAGGCCAACAGCAGACACCACAUCAGCGGCCAGCGCUCCGCCCCGCCCCAGGCUGCCCCAACCUCCCCGGCACCCGCCCCGGCCGCCCCCAUAACACCCCCCACUGCCUCAACGCCCCCCACCCCUGAUGAUGAUGAAGUCAUGGAGGACGCUGUGGUGACCCGCGAACCACAGCAGCAGCAGGGUGGCGGCGGCGAGGCAGCAGCGGAGCGUAAGGAGGAGCGGCGCGAUGAGCCACUCUUCCAGCGUCUCUUCGGCAGCAGCAGCAAGCGUUCGGGACGGCGCCAGUCUCGGGGCAGCGGCGAGGAGAGCCGGGAGAACAGCGUCAGCCCCUUGCGGCGCGGCACGGACCAGCGCGCACCGAGAUUCCCCUUACUCAGCAGCGGGAGCUCGAAACCACGUCAGGAGGCUACACCAUCACACCCCCUCCCCCCAUCGGGCCGCCCCAGGGAAGCCAGUCGGGAGAGGGGCGUACGGGAGCUCCCCCAGGCGUCACACUCCCCAGAGGAAGCCCCGGUUACGUCAGGAGGGCCGGGAGUGCAUCGUGGGCAGGGCGUGAGGAAGGCCAAGAGUUUCCGAGAGGAGCAGACGGUGGUGCAGCGCGAGGGAUUACGUCGGAAGGUGUCGCCUCAUGCUGGAGCGGAGGGACGGAGCGGGGCGGGUCCGGGGAAGGUCGCACGUCUCUCCUCCUCGCUGGAAAACCUCGACAACGACGACAUGAACCGAACCACACCCCCACAGGCUACCGUCGCCCCUGCCGCACCCCCGACCGCCUCCCCGCAGCGCUCCUCCACUGAGUCACUAGCCACAACUCCUAUCCCUGGGGUGUUCAUCAGGCCGCACCCCCAGACGAGCCGACACAGGGGCCCCACACACCCCAGCACACCGGAACACACCUCAGGGCCAUUCUCACUGGACUCAAGCCUCCCGCAGCAACCGAGGGAAGCCGAGGAGCAUCUUAGGAAAGCCUCGAGUGUGGACCAGGUAAGCUAUGAAGGCCUGAGCCACACCACACAGAGCCACACCACACUGAGCCACACCACACAGAGCCACAGGGAGCAGGUCGUGAAGGAACAGCAUAUACUCAAGGACCACAUCAGGGAACAGCAUAUCAGGGAGCAGCAUAAGGAGCAGCAUAUCAAGGAGCAGGUUGUGGUGAUGAAGGAACAGCAUUUGACGCGCGAACAGCAACUCCACUAUAAGGAGGAGCAAACCACCACCUCCAGGCACCUCCACCAACACCACCACACCACCACCACCACUGAGACCAAACUGACAGCAGGGCCGACACCACCAACCCCCGCGGCAAAACAAUCGCUUCUGGACACCCUCGUCGAGUCGAUACGCCCCGACCGGAAGCAGGACACACCAAAACACACCCAUAGAAAGUCCCUCCCACAGACACAUACCUCUCAGAUCCCACCACAGCCCUCCCCGCCACAAGGGUUUCAGAAGGAGGAGGUGUCACCCGCAGCCCCGUCAGACCCAAAACCGGACGUCGGGGAGGGUGAACGAGACCAGGCAGCUCCGCGUCGCCCUGUCAGAAGGGAGGCGAGUAUGAAGCGCAUCCCGUCAAUACCCAAUGAUGCCAAUACUACCGGAGUUCCAGAGUUUAUGCGUAUACAACUCAACCGCGUCGAGAGCAAAGGCCAGUCUGUGAUUUACGACACGGACCAGGAGAGAGGCGAUCGUAGGGACUCGGAUGUCGCCCCUCGUCGGGAAUCCAUACCCUCAGCUCCCUUGACAGAUCUCCCGAAGGAUAUGCCGCCCUCGGACCCCCCCGCCGAGACGCACACCCCACUACGUAGAGAGUCGGUUACCCCUUUGCCGGCCGCCUCCACCAGGGAUAGUCUAACCAGGAGGGCGAGCAUGCAAGGGCCGAGGGGUGUGAUUAGAGACACAUCCCCGUCCGCUGUGGCUGACGUAGGAAGUGGCGGUGGUGAUACGCCCUCCGAACCGCCCUCACAGGAGUCCACGGUGGAGCGCGUGCAGUUACGGCGACCGGGAGUAGCCGAGCGCACAUCCCACGCAUCUUCCACCUCCUCCUCCACCUCCACUGCCUCCUCCACGGCUUCCACCUCCAGGGAUCAACCAGAGCUGUUUAAGGUUUUCGCGCGACGCUCGUUCAAGAUCAAAGACUCAGAGAAGGAGUUGUUCGAGGCGGCGAGUCUCGAGGAGGUGGGCGUCGAGGCUUCCAGUGAGGUCUCGGAGAUGACGGUGAGCGCUGUACGGCCCCCCAGCACCUCCCCAGGGCCGGCCGUCUCCCCCAUACCCCCAGCGGAACCCACACCAAGCGCCCAGAAGAUCGGAAUCAACGCAAUCUCCUUCAACCGGAAAUCAGUUGGAAACCCGGCUCUGUCCUUCAUCCCCCCGCCAACCCCAGCCCCCAGUGAGCCCCCAGCAGGACCCCAGGGGCUUGGUCGACCUCAGGCACCACCCAGUACGACCACCACCACACGCAGUCCCUCCAUCACCACCACAACCACCACGAUCACCACCACUGAAACAACCACCACCGCUCAGCAAUCAGGGGUUUUCAGUAAGAUCCUCAGUGGUAGGGUCAGCAUGGGGGGGGAGGUGAGCAGUGGGAAUGAGAGCGAGGGCAGCACAUCCUCCCCAGUGAUAUCCCGAACCCCAGUACCACCACAGGGUAAAACAGCGUCCAGACCAGGCUCGGCACUUUUCUGGCCGCCAAAACACCAGGUGGCGCCGCAGGAAGAUGUGACCCCCUCAGCUGCACCCCCGCAAGUCACCCCACCCCAGGACAUCACCCCCAGGAAGGCAGUGGAUGGGGUGGAAGAAGGGGUGGAAGUGGAAGUCUCGCCCCUGGAUAUCGGAGCGGCACGUCGGAGAUUCAUGAGUGCCAGUUUCCCUGCGGCACCUACAGCAGCACUUGGCACAUCACCCCCGGCCGUCACACCUUCCCCCGUCACCCCUACACCCUCCCCACCCGCACCCACACCCUCCCCGCCCGCCCCUGCACAGUCACACCCACCACCCACUAGCACAGCACUCGGAAUCACAUCGUCAAUUCUGUCACGCGUUGGGAAUACCGGACUUGGAAUGGCCCCGACGCACACACCCUCCCCCACCCCAUCCCCCGCCCCGACCCACACCCCAUCCUUCACGGUGACAGUUCGGACUCAGCCGCCCCCGACUCUUGCCCCCGAAACCCCCAUGCCCCCUGCCAGCGAUGGGGGGAAGGGGGGUGAGCCAGUCCAGGGGCAGACGAGCACGGAGGACUGGAGGGUCUUGGUGAGGCAGCGCAGGGAAGGCAGACUCAAGCAGACCAAGACGCCAGACUCCGAGGAAAUUAUUAUUGAGGUGAGGGACAGAUCGACCCGCCCGCCAGUGUCCCGCAACAGCAAGGUUCUGGAGAUGGCGAGCAACUUCCAGAAGCUUCAGGUGGCCUAGCAGAGGGUGUUGCCGGGGACCAAGAGGUAGAGUGUCACCUGUGAAGCCUCGUUAACCUGCCCAGCGCCUGUCUCACCUGUGGAUACCCUCGUUAAGGCCAGAUAAGGAGUAGGGGUCGAAGAGAGAGAGAGAGAGAGAGAGAGUAUUGUAUCGUUGUUUACAUUAUUAGAAAGAGGAGGAGGCUAAGCUUUCGUCAAUAUUAUCCGGGGAAAGAAAAGGAAAAUUGGCGUGUAACUUAUUGAUAUUUACGCCACUUGAAAAACACUGAUUCAUUCUUCUUCUUAACCAUCUGAAUGAAAAAGAAUAAAAAGGAGGUGAGAUAGAGAAUAGACGUACAGUAUUUUGUUAUACGGUAAAAGAAAAAAAAAGGAAAGAUGUAAUUUGUCGCUCUUUCCGCUGCGUUUUUUUUUUUCUUCUUAACUGUCUCAAUGAAAAAAAGGAGAAAAGAUAAAGAAGAAAUUACUCAAACGAAAACAAACAAAUGUAAUCGGAAAAACUCGACAGUGCUUUCAUCAUCAUAAGAAAAAAAAAAAAAGUCUGGCGUUAAAAUAUUUCCCGCCAAUAACUCUCGAAAAAAAGACAGUAAACAAACAAGAACAAUAGAAAAUAACAACAACGACAACAACAACAUUACCGAACACAUUUUCCACGUCAACAAAUUGUUCGUCAUUUGGAGAACAGAUUCGCUAAUUAUCAGACAAAAAAAAAAAAAACCCUCGGAAUUUAUAUAUAUUUUUCUCGUAUAAAAAUUCCCAGCCACACACCUGUUUAUUAGGGAAACUGGGUGAUGGUGGUGAUGGUGAUGAUGGUGGUGGUGUUGGAGGUGAUGUUGAUAGUGUUAUUGGUGAUGGAGGGUGACAGUGAUGAUGGUGGUGAUGGUGAUGGUGUUGGUGGAGGUGAUGUUGAUAGUGUUAUUGGUGAUGGGGGAUGACAGUGAUGAUGGUGGUGAUGGUGAUGAUGAUGGUGUUGGAGAUGGUGUUGAUGGUGAUGGGGGGGGUGAUGGUGACAGUACUGGAGAUGAUGGUGUUGAUGGUGAUGAUGAUGAUGGUGGUGUUGGAGAUGGUGUUGAUGGUGAUGAGGGGGUGAUGGUGACAGUACUGGAGAUGAUGGUGUUGAUGGUGAUGAUGGUGGUGUUGGAGAUGGUGUUGAUGGUGAUGAGGGGGGUGAUGAUGACAGUACUGGAGAUGAUGGUGUUGGUGGUGAUGGUUAUGAUGACAGUGAGAAUGAUGGAAGUGGUGAUAAUAUUGAUAAUGGUGACUGAUGAUGGUGAGAAUAGUGAUGAUAAUAGUGAUGAUAAAUCUUACGGGAACCUUCAAUCAGAAUCGGACCCGAGACCACAAGUGCAUAACAAGUUCAUAAGCGGAAGAAGAAAACUUAUCGUAAAAGUUCGCCUCAUUUCUAGUACAUCGUAAGAGUCGUUCCGUGAAGCAGAUUUGAGCCCUUCACAUUUUGGAUUAAUAUACCAAAUUCAGUUACCCGAGACAACAAGUGUGUAAAAAGUUCAUAAGCGGAAGAAGAAAACUUAUCGUAAAAGUUCGCCUCAUUUAUAGUACAUCGUAAGAGUCGUUCCGUGAAGGAGAUUUGAACCCUUACUGUACAUUUUGGAUUAAUAUAUCAAAUUCAGUUACCCAAAGAAAUAGACUGUAGCAUUUAUCUGGCAUUGUUUUACAUUUUGAAUCAGUGAGCCUUCAAAUCACCCGUCCCUGUACGUUUUCUUUCCUUUCUAGUGUAGGAAGUCAUUACUGUAAUACUCCUUGGAUUUGGAGUUCCCUUUUCCAGUGUUCUCUCAAGUUCAAGAUCGAGACUUUUUGUGGGAUAGGAAGGGAUGUGUGUGUGAGGGUGAGGAAGGAAGGAGAGUAAGGAGGGUUAAGGAAGGAAAGUGUGGAGGAGGAGGAGGGAGUGAGGGAGGGUAGCUUAUUGGGAAAUGAGAGAGAAGGGAAAGGAAGAGAUACUUGUGGGAGGGUAAGGAGAGGAAAGGAAGGGGAGAGGUCCAGAGGGUUAUAAUUAAAGGUAAAAUAAAUAUACAGGUACUCAAUAUUCUUCCUCGGAUUUGGAGUUCCCUUUUCCAGUGUUCUCUCAAGUUCAAGAUCGAGACUUUUUGUGGGUGUUUUUCUCCCGUCAUUUCUAAUUUGCCGUAACUGUCGAAAAGAGUGUAAUAUUGGAAACGGCAAUUGGCGAGAUCCUAUAUACAUUGUAGUUUCUUGUAUCUUUUCGUGAUUUAAACAGUUCCUUUUUUGUAUAUUUCCGUAUUUGUCUUUUUGUGUGUUUUUGUAUUUUUAAACUUAGUCAUUUUAACAGAUUUCCUUCCACAGUUUACAUUUUUUCCUUUUGUUCAGAGUCUAAAAAAGUUGGUAGUCUUCAACAUUUUAAUUCUGAUUUUUCAUGCUUCAAAUUUUUCCUGUUAUUCAAUUUCUCCGAGUCUGACAGCUUUUAACGUAUCAAUUCUCAUUUUCCGUGAACUCUCCCUCAAAUCUUACAUCUCAGAGAACUUGAGAUGAAGAACUGCAAACUGAACGAACUAGGAAUAUGUUAGCUCAGAUAUUUAACACUAUUGAUAGAGGUGAUCAGGAAAGAGCUGUGAAUCGUAAUAUAAUAGGCUGGCAUUAGUGUACAUUAUUGAAUACCAAAAUAUCUACCAAAAAAAUCCAAUUACAAAAGUCUGGCAUUACUUCACAUUUUGGAUUAAUAUGCCCAAUUGAGUUACCCAAAGAAAUAGACCGUAGCAAUUCUCUGGCAUUAUUUUACAUUUUGAAUCAGUGAAUACCAAAUUAUUUUACAUAUAUACGCUUAGCAUUUUUUUUUUUUUUUUAUUUAUUUAUUUAUUUUUUUUUUGCCAAACUAACCCGCGAUGACUGUGAGCGAUUACCGAUGACAAUAAUGAUGCCUGAUGGUGACGACGACAAUAUUAUACGAUAGGUGCGAGAGGAGUGUAGUGGGAUGAGCCUGUGUUAGUGAGUGUGUGUGUGUGAUUCACCUCCUGGUCUGCUGCGGGUCUCUCCUCAGUGACCGAUCUUUGGGUACGACUGAGACCACUCACACACGACACACCGCGACAACGAGGUCACAACUCCUCACCUGACGUCGCGUACCUAUUAACUGCUGGGUGAACACGGGCUACACGUGAAAGAAGAUAAACCCAACUUAUCUUCACCCGGCCGGGGAAUCGAACCCCUGUCCUUCUGGUUGUGAGGCAGACGCUCUAAUCACUGAGCUACCGGACACACACACACACACACACACACACACACACACACACACACACACACACACACACACACACACACACACACACACACACACACACACACACAC